UUCUUUGAGACACCAUGCAGAUGCAACGCUACUCAUCAGCCGCCAUCGUGAACUUCCAGCGCAACUUUCUUGCUCGCCUAACAGCAACGAGUAAGAUGGCGAAUAGGGUCGUGACAAAUAAAGAUUGUGAUGUUUUCAUUAACCAUAGAGGCAUUGACACCAAGAGGACUAUAGCUACCUUACUCUACGAUCACCUCUCGCGGCUAAACCUAAAACCUUUCUUGGACAACAAAAACAUGAAACCCGGUGAUAAGUUGUUCGACAACAUCGAUAACGCGAUAAGGAAUUGUAAGGUUGGCGUGACUGUGUUCUCACCCAACUACUGCAAGUCCUACUUCUGCCUCCAUGAAUUGGCUCUUAUCAUGGAGUCCAAGAAGAAGGUCAUCCCAAUCUUCUGUGACAUUAAACCUUCACAACUUCGUGUUGUGAACGAUGGAAAUGUCCCUGCCAAGGAUCUCCAGAGGUUCAAAUUGGCUGUUGAGGAGGCCCAAAGCACCGUAGGGCUCACGUUCGACUCUUUAAAAGGGAAUUUAUCUGAUGUGGUGACCAGUGCUUCAGACUUUGUCAUCGAAAGCUUGAUUGAGAUGGGGAAUGAAAAACAGAUGGUUAAGAGCUCGAGGGCUUCUCCAAUAACCCUUUGAGACUCAAAGUUAAUUAUGCUGCUGUCAUCAAACUGUUGACUUCUUUUCUUUUGCAUUACAUUCAAUUCCUGUUAAUAAGCCUAGUGAUUCUUUCCUUU